AUGGAAUCAGGCACGUUGCUGUGUAAGCAGCUCAGAGAAUUGUCAAUUCUGGUCAAAGCUCUGUCCAAAAGCAAAGAACCCGUCGAGGCCGAGUUUUUGCAGCACUCUUAUGAGGUUUUUAAGCUCUAUAAAUACCUCCGCAGUUCCGAGGCAUUCAGCGUCAUCAGGUGCCGGCAAGCGGAUGAGACGCUUGCGCAGAACCACGUAGUCGAGACGCUUGCCUUCUUUGAAAAUUCUUUGUCGACGUUUUCAAAUCCCUUUGAGAAAUCUGGCGAGAAAACUGAAGAGGUUGAAGCAUCGGGAACAGGGUCAGGUUCGAUGUCCUCAACGCACAUGUCGCCAUCAAUGGGAUUUGCGGUCCUCUCCUGAGUCUUUUUCACCGACUGAUACCGUUUCACAGCCACGUCCUUGUCGAGG